AUGGAGGCACCACAGCUCCCCACCACCCCAACCACACCCACCCACCCCCUCUCCUCCAACUCACCUCAACUCCAGUUCCAGUCCCAGACCCACCAACCCCCCGCGCCACUCCCCCGCGGCGUCUACGUCCCCAUGCCCGCCUUCUUCCACCCCUCCGACAGCGACCCCACCAACCCCAACCCCAACGACAGCGGCAUCGACAUCGCCGCCACCCAGCGGCACACCGCCAGGCUCCUGGCCGCGGGCGUAGCCGGGCUGGUGGUGCACGGGUCCAACGGCGAGGCGGUGCACCUGUCGCGGCGGGAGCGGCGGGCGGCGCUCGAGGCCGUGGCCGAUGCCGUGCGCCACGACGCCGACUACGCCCACGCGCCCCUGCCGCUGAUCGCGGGGUGCUCGGCCAUGUCGGUGCGGGAGACGGUCGAGCUGUGUCGCGAGGCCAAGGAGGCCGGCGCCACGCAUGCGCUGGUGCUGCCGCCGGGGUAUUAUCGCGGGUUGAUGGAUGCGGAGGGGCUGGCGGCGUAUUUUGAGAGGGUGGUUGAGAGGAGUCCGCUGCCUGUGGUGGUGUAUAAUUUUCCGGCGGCGGCGAAUGGGGUGGAUUUGGAUUCGGAUGUGUUGUUGAGGUUGGCGCGGAUUCCAAGGAUUGUGGGGGUCAAGCUGACGUGUGGGAAUACGGGCAAGUUGGCGAGGCUGGUGGAGGGGGCGCCCAAGGUGAGGGGGGGCAGGGAUGAUUUCUUUGUGGGAGGGGGCAGUGCCGACUUUAUCCUCCAGGGAUUGGUGGUGGGUGCCCAUGGGACGAUUAGCGGGUUUGCCAACCUCGCGCCGAGGGCGUGCGUGAGGAUCGGGGAGCUGUUUGAACAGGGCAAGCUGAAGGAGGCGAGGGAGCUGCAGCAUGAGGUCGCGAAGGGGGAUUGGUUAGCCAUCCGGUAUGGCUUUGUUGGCGUCAAAGCGGCGAUGCCCAUCUUCCACGGUCCGGGCGAGGCGUUGUGUGCGGUGCCCAGGCUGCCGUUCAAGCGGCUGGAAGAGGAUGGCCAGGCCGUGAGGGAGAUACGAGAAGGGAUGGCGGGUGUGUUGGAGAUUGAGAAGAAGCUGGCUGCGGAUGCAGCAGGGAAACGGCAACACUAG